CAAGUAUCCUAGAUGCAUACAAAAAAGACAAAUUAAGUGUAAAACUCAUUUCACUUUUCAUUAGUUUUAUAGCAUUUUCACUCAAUUUAAUACACUUCCAUUUUUUUUUAACUAUUUUUAAAACAAUUUUACACCAAUUUUAACAGUAAACAAUGCAUGGGAGCACCUGUUAACAUUUGCCAUUUAGAUUUUCCAAUCUUUUGUAGGUAGAUAUGAUUCAUAUGAUGUCUGUAUAUUCUGGUGGUGAUAUAUGUACAAAUAGAUAGGAUUCAUGAAUACUCAACGACUUGUACAUUUUCAUAGUCGCUCAGCUCGCUCACUCCAUUUAAACGCAGCACAGUUUACAAAUCCAACUGUAACCGACACAUGGCAUUCAUCCACAAAAUAAUCAUGAAAGCAGAGCAGGUUCCCCGCUGCAAAUACGUGAUCAUUAUAUAUCUACUAACUAAUUCCACAGACCAAACACGUGUCACCUACAAACUGCUCAACCAUUAACGGCAUUGCCACCCAUUUAAAGCCUCCCCAUACCAUGCUAUACCCAUUACCACACUACCACAGAACCAGCACUGCAGAGGACUAUUAGGCCAUGGUUUGUUUCUGCUUCUUAGUUGAUCAAAAGAGGAGGAUGAGGAGGAGCAAGCCAGCAGCAGGGACGUGUUCACGGUGCGGUGGUGGAGCAAGCGUGGCAGACAUGAAAACCGCCACAAGGUUCUGUUACAUCCCAUUCUACUGGAAAUCUUGGAAAGCUAUUGUAUGUACUUUCUGUGGAGCUAUUCUUAAAUCUUACAACAGAUAAAAAAAUUAUUAAUUUUAAGGAUACAGGAAUAUCUCCCUUUGUAUGUACUCUUAAUCUUACCACAGAUAAACCUUUUGAUUCCAAGGCGUGGGCGUGGCACAGCAAUCUCUCUUUGUAUGUACAUAAUAAAAUUUGAUAAUGAAAGUUCUUCAGUUAUCUUUUGUAUUACCAAGUUUCCUCCAUUAAUUCAGAC